AUGCUUACCGAAUUCGACGAAACAUGUGGAUGCAUCGGUCUUCAACUGAAUCUCCAAAAGACGAUGUUCAUGCGCAACGUGAGGGUCUUGGAUGCCCCAUUCACGCUCAACGGAACCGCUUGGGGAGCGUAUAAGAGCAUCGAGGAUGUAGUGAAGAAGACGAAGAACACUCGGCUCCGUGUUCUUCUCUUCAACACAACCGUAUUUCUUGCUUUGACCUAUGCUUCGGAAACCUGGGCAUUUCGCAAGCAGGAAGAAAACGCGGUGAGCGUCAUUGAACGCGCAAUUGAGAGAAUGAUGCUAGGAGUAUCCCGUUUCACGCAUGUGAAGGACGGGAUUCGAAGUUCUCUCCUACGUCAACGAUCGAGGAUUAGAGACGUCGCCGCGUUUGUCAAGGAAAGUAAAAUAAGGUGGUCCGGACACGUGAUGCGCUUUAACGACAACCGUUGGACCAGAGCCGUGAGUGACUGGAUUCCCCGCCAUGUUUAG